GGCCAUGAAGCGGAGCGACCCUCACCACCAGCACCAGCGGCAUCGCGACGGCGGCGAGGCCCUGGUCAGCCCCGACGGCACGGUCACCGAGGCGCCGCGCACGGUCAAGAAGCAGAUCCAGUUUGCUGACCAGAAGCAGGAAUUCAACAAGCGGCCCACCAAGAUUGGACGGCGCUCUUUGUCCCGUUCCAUCUCUCAGUCGUCCACUGACAGCUACAGCUCUGCCGCUUCCUACACGGACAGCUCUGACGACGAGACGUCCCCCAGGGACAAGCAGCAGAAGAACUCCAAGGGGAGCAGCGACUUCUGCGUCAAGAACAUCAAGCAGGCUGAGUUUGGGCGCAGAGAGAUCGAAAUUGCUGAGCAGGAGAUGCCUGCCCUGAUGGCUUUGAGGAAGAGAGCCCAAGGAGAAAAGCCUCUAGCUGGAGCCAAGAUUGUGGGCUGCACCCACAUCACUGCUCAGACCGCUGUGCUCAUGGAGACGCUGGGCGCCCUGGGGGCCCAGUGCCGGUGGGCGGCCUGCAACAUCUACUCCACGCUCAACGAGGUGGCCGCCGCCCUCGCCGAAAGCGGGUUCCCCGUCUUUGCCUGGAAGGGAGAGUCGGAAGAUGACUUCUGGUGGUGCAUCGACAGAUGUGUGAACGUGGAGGGCUGGCAGCCGAACAUGAUCCUGGAUGAUGGAGGGGAUCUCACUCACUGGAUUUAUAAAAAGUACCCCAACAUGUUUAAGAAGAUCAAAGGCAUCGUGGAGGAGAGCGUGACUGGGGUCCACAGGCUGUACCAACUGUCCAAAGCUGGCAAGCUGUGUGUUCCAGCCAUGAAUGUCAAUGACUCAGUCACUAAACAGAAAUUUGAUAACCUCUACUGUUGCCGCGAAUCUAUUCUUGACGGGCUUAAAAGGACAACAGAUAUGAUGUUUGGUGGGAAGCAAGUGGUGGUCUGUGGCUAUGGAGAGGUGGGAAAGGGGUGCUGUGCUGCCCUGAAAGCCAUGGGCUCCAUUGUGUACGUGACCGAGAUCGACCCCAUCUGCGCCCUGCAAGCUUGCAUGGACGGGUUCCGGCUGGUGAAGCUGACUGAAGUCAUCCGACUAGUGGACAUCGUCAUCACCUGUACAGGUAACAAGAACGUGGUGACCAGGGAGCACUUGGACCGCAUGAAGAACAGCUGCAUCGUGUGUAACAUGGGGCACUCCAACACCGAGAUCGAUGUGGCGAGCCUGCGGACCCCAGAGCUGACCUGGGAGAGAGUCAGAUCCCAAGUUGACCAUGUGAUAUGGCCUGAUGGCAAGAGGAUAGUUCUGCUGGCAGAGGGCCGUCUGCUGAAUCUGAGCUGUUCCACAGUGCCUACAUUUGUGCUCUCCAUCACUGCUACCACUCAGGCUCUCGCCCUGAUAGAGCUCUACAACGCUCCCGAGGGACGCUAUAAGCAGGAUGUGUACCUGUUGCCCAAGAAGAUGGAUGAGUACGUGGCAAGCCUCCACCUGCCCACCUUUGAUGCCCACCUGACAGAGCUGACAGAGGAGCAGGCCAAGUAUCUGGGACUCAACAAGAACGGGCCCUUCAAGCCCAACUACUACAGGUAUUGAGUUCCUGUAAUGCAAGCCCUUGGACGCGUUAGGGAGCAGAACCAAGCCUUUUCUCAGCUGCUCUCCAAGGAAGAAGCAGCCAGCUGCCCGCCGUGCUCACCCUGUGUUAGGAUGUUUAUUUAUUAAAAUCUAGAUUCCUGUGCCUGUAGCCAGGGCCCAGAGCGCGGUUUCUCCUGGGACCCCGAAAGCCGCAGACGACAGGCUGAGGAGGAAGGAACCAGCCGAUCUUCUAGUGCUUCAUUCACGCCAUUGCCCGCUGAUGGAGUCCUCAGCCAUGACCGCUUUUCUUUCUGGGCUCAGGAGUCAGUUCAGGGAUGCCAGACUCCUUGUUACUUAGGGUUUUCUGGAAUAAAUUUUCAGCAGCUGCCUUUCUCAAAGCUUUGGUCCUUUCCCAGGUGAGGCCUUUCGGAAGCCGCUGAAUUGACAGGACCUGACUGUCAAGUCAGGUCUCGGCCUUGAUAGUUACUGUCACUGCCUUCCUGAUAAAAAGGCUAGUGAGGUAGGAGUGGGAAGAUCUCGAAGCUGCAGCAGGAGCUCAGCUGUGCCUGUGUCCGUGCCUACUGGGGUCUCUUGUCUUACCCAGGCUUCUUUCGUCAAUACUAUGUCCGUUUCAAUGCAUCCUGGUUCCAAGAGGGUUGUGCCUCCAUGAUCUUUGUAGCUCUGGUGCUGGCCAGGCAUUUGUUUUGCUUUCUGACCCCACUAACCUCUGCUCAGGAAGUAGGGGACCAGCUCCACUGGCCCAUAGUUUGCUUCCUUGUAACUUAACUGGGCCGUCUCCUAGGAGGCCCUGUCUCAGAGAAGGGGCUUGAAGGGGCAGUGCUUCCUGACACUUGGGUUCUUGCCUGAAACGGCCUCUCGAACCCCGCUGGCAAAGGUGGUUGGUGGAGAUUUGCAGCGGGGGUACACCUUGAUGUCCUAAAGAAUCAAGUCUGCCUGUUUUCCAGGAAAGAUUGUUGGCCUGCCUGCAGAAAACGGGGACUCUAAAGAGCAUCCAUGCGGUGAGGACUAGUUUGAGGGCUGGGAUGGCGCAGCGGCAGAGCACUUGCCUGGCCCUGAGCUGGGAACGGGGAUGGGAACUAGUUGGAACUUCAUCAGACAUUCCUGCCUCUGGCUGUUGCCGUUGGUGAGAGUGAGAUAUACAGCCGGGUGGCUCAUCUUUCCCUGCUGCUGCUGUGUCUUUAUGAUCUGGCCCCUUCUGCUUAAGGCUUCUGUUUCUUAAGUAACUCCAGCAGUGUAAAAUAGUAACGUAAACUGUGGUUUUCUCAUUCCACCCAAGAGUUGGGUUUCCUUUGGAGACAGACUGACUGGUUUCAAGAAUUAAAAUCGAGUGACCCUAGGAAUCUUGUUGAAUGAGUCUCUCUCGAGGCCCACCCUAUUUACAAGUCUCAUGUUUGUUUCCCACAUAUUUCUUAUACUGUUCUGCUUCAAAGUCCAAGACCAAGGUCUUUCAGACAGAGGACACCCAGAGCCCUGAAAGUUUCCAUCCCCCACCACCACCACCGUCUGCAGUGUCCCCUGGUCUUGGUGUGUACCCUGAAGCUAGUCUGGAAGUGUCCUUAUUUUUGAAGACAGAGAAUCAGAGCUGGGGUAGGUGGCUGUUGGCCUUAUUAAGUGAUGGACAGGCUUAGCGCAGAGGAUGGCUUCCUCUCAGGCAUCAUCUAUGACUGCAUUCUGUUUUGUAGGCAAGAUCACAAAGGCCGAAGAUUCCAGCAACACCCUCUAGUCUGUUUGCCUCAUUCUCACUUUUGUAUUAAUAGCUGAUGGUACCCCUCUCCCACUACCACCUCUGUUUUGGUUUUCUGUUCUUGCUGUUUUGAGAUAGUCUCACUGUGUAACCCAGGCUAGCCUCAAACUCAUGGCAGUCCGCCUGCCGUGGCCUCCUGAGGCAUGUGCUGGCAUGCCUGGCUGCCUCUUAAUUGGAUCUCUUUAGCAAAAGCCUCAGCGCUCUGUGCCUCAUCUUGCACUCAGAGCGGAUUCUGUUAGGCGGGCGUCUGGCGUGGCCGCACGUCAUGACCUGCCGGUAUUCAGCAGAGCCUUGCUCUCUGCAGCUCCCUGCGGCUGGCACUUAGAGUGUGCCUUGCCACAGCCAGUGACAAGACCAUUCCAAGUCGGGAAGGGGCCACAUGGCCUCCUGAGCUGGGCAGCUUGCACUCGGCUGCCCAUGCUGAGGUAUCUGCCUGUGCGUGUCAGAUGACAUCUGUUCUCCUCUCUCUGGAGACUUCUGUGUCAUCAGUCAUUAAGAAGCAGAUGUUAAUAGGGAUGUAGGCAGUGACAGAUACUUGACUAGCAUGUGCCGGGCCUAGCAAAUCCCCAGGACAGAGGGCUUCUGAGGAGCUGGGGAGAGAGGGAAGGCAGCCCAGGACUCACAUCCAGGAGUUAGGGUGUUAACACUCUCCUGCUCCUGUCUGUCUGUCCUGUACGCUGGCAGCAGGUUGCAGCUCCUCCUCUUAGAUGCACCCUGGCUGCCGGGAGGCAAGGAUGAGAAGGUGAGCCUGGCUGGCUGUGUGGCCCUAGCCCACGGGAUCCAUUUAUCUACAGUGAAUUUGUGCUGCUGCAGGGCCUUGUCGCUUUCUCACUGGAAAUAUUGUUUCUUUUUCUUGUUCAGCAAAUGCCUCUAACCUACCCUCCCUCGGCCCUCCUCGUGUUUCCCUCCUGCGAGAGCACAGAGCACGGCUCCCCACAGCCACACACUCCUGCAAAGCUUUUUUGCUGCUUGGCUUUUCUCUGAACAGAUCUAAAAUUGCUGCUCCUGUGGUUUCCUCAGAAUUAACUUUGUCAUGGUUUAAAAAAAAAAAAUCAGAAUGCAUUGUUGCAUUAAGCUUUUUUAAUAAAGGAAAAUUAUGGAAAGAAAAUAGGAAACACCAGCAAAUUCUAUAUUGACAAGUCUAAACUAUAUAUAUCUAUAUAUAUCUAUAUAUCUAUAUGAAUAAUCAUCUAGUUCUUACUGUCAUCUUACUGAAAGGAACGAAACCGCUAAGGAUCACCAGUUCUGAGAAGCUCUUGGAAAUCUUUAUGUCUAAGUGAUUGUAUUAGAUCAGCAAUAAUGACUAUGUAAUCUCAAAAAAUAAAGUAUUCUUAAAACUCA